AUGUCGCCGUCCUCGGGGCAAGAAGCCACCGUCAGUGAUUCUCAGGCCAACAGAAAUCCGAACUCAACCAUCCCUACAUCGGCAACACCAGAUGUCAGUCAUGGGACCGCCCAAGACGUCUCCAGCCUAAGUUCAGCAUCCCAAGGAGUUCCAGACUCACCGGUUGUCCUAUCGAAGCCACCAGAUACAAUUGGACUAUGGGCAAAUGAGCUUUCCCUCCAACCUGAACCGGAAGAUGCGCUACUUGUGCCUCCGUCGCGGCAGCAAGGUGUCCAAGAAAAUGGGGAUUUCUCUAUUUUCGACGAGAUUGGACCAGACAACGAUAUGAUGGAGCUCUUCUCGCAACUUCCGGGACUGGACUACGAAAGCUGGCUUCAUAACCUUGAUGAUGUUGUUUCGUAUAUAUUGCCGUCCACUGGGGUAUCCGGGACCAUGCAGAACGCAAUCUCCAUGAUGCGAGAGCACUUCCAGCGGACGUCACGCUCAGCGUCGCCCCUUACGAACGAGUCGAAUCAUAUGUGGUACUCGAGUCCGCCCCGUUUUCAAGUAUAUGAUAGAGACGUGCUGAAUGUUUUCCUCAAUCUUGCGAAAGUACACAUGGCUUCAACAUUCAAGAUCUUAUUACCUUUCGAGGCUCCGGACGGCGUUGAAGAAGAGCUCGUUGCGGCCAUGGCUGCAGUGGGCGGACUUUUUUGCGACGUAGAGGGUAGCCAGAAAGUUGCUUCCGUGCUGUACAACGAUGCAAGAAAGAUGGCUUUGGCAAAGGCAUGUCUCCUCCAAUCUAGAAUACACAGAACACGACUGACAUUUCACCAGACGGCUUCAUUGUCUCUUAUAGACUUCAACUCGUGCCUGAACCGAGCAAAAACUUUUAUCCUAAUAGAAAUCUAUGGGGUUUGUAGUGGAGAUGGAAGAAGCUACGAGUUUGUGGAAGCUUUCCAUGGAUUCUUGCUUCAGUCCGUCCAUAAAUGCCGAUGUUUGCUAUCUGGGGACGCAAUUUCUGAGGCCGAACGUUUGUCUAUGACCUCUCUUCUGGAGGCGUUGCAUGUUCUCGAGUGCUAUAGAGUGCUCUUACUCCAGCGACCUCCAACUCUCACAGCACUAAAGGACGGCUAUCUGGACCCUAGAGGAAGUCCCAACACAGCUGAAAAGCAUGGACUUGAUGACCUAUCGGCCUUGAUGACGUUAUCGGGCAAGUAUACGGGCCAAGGGGAUGGCCUGGCCUCUUUAGCGGCCGUUUCCUCUCUUGCCUGGUUUUCUAGUCCCCAUGGACCUUUUGGCUGGCGAAGACCUCCUCUCUGGAAGACCGAAUUCGUCGAAGUCGCCUUGGGCCGCUGGAUUGAGGCUCAUCGAUCUGACGAGGAAGAUGCAGGGACUAUGCUCUUAUACCAUAUGGUCCACAUCAACCUUCAUUCUAACUUGGCACUGUUACGACGCCUUGCUUGCUUAGUGGCCAAAUCCGGCCGAAUGCCCUCGAAUGCCAAGGUCUUCGACUCCAUCGAGAGAUGGCUGAAGAGUCGACACUUUGAUAUUGCUAGAUGGCAUGCCGAGAGUCUCCUCAAAAAUGUUGUCUGUGCGAGAAGUGCUGGCGAAAAAUUGAAUUUGACCGGUUUGGGAUCUUCUGCUCACUUGCCGAAGCCUCGAAGAUUGAUUCCUGAGCCACCACAUCUUCCGUUCUGUGCAUAUUUCGCCACGCUCGUUCUCUGGUAUGGAAAUCUCCUGCCGGGCCAUGGUCGGCUUCAGCGAAAUGCGUGCGUGGCACAGGGUGCCCAGAUACUUUUUGAUCUAAAUGUAUCGGUUUCCAGGAACUUGGGCCACGCACUGUACGAGUUGAUGGCCGAUGAAGAGUGA